CUAAACAAGCCUUUGGCUUUACGACUGACCAGCAACCAGUUCUCUCUCUACCAUCUCCUCCACAGUCCCCUUUCUCUCCCUCGCUUUCAUAUGCACAUGUAUUAGCAUAUAUAGACAUACAUAUAGUUGGAUGGUACUGUGGAUUACCACCUUGUUCUUAUAAACUUGAGGGAAGAAGCAAUUACAUUCAUUCGUGUGCCCUCGAUUCUUCCUGCAACUUCCUUCUACCACUUGUUGUAGAGAGUGAGCGUGAGAGAGAGAGAGAUGUGUGAUAACAGAACAGAGAAACCUCUCGAGGGCUCAGAGAGUGCACCAUUGUACAAUGAACUACAGAAUGACGUGAUCGAUAUGAACCCGGACGCAAUGCAUGGUUGGGGAGCAUUACCAACGAUGCCGGAAGCGUCAACCUUCUUCCCCUGGCCGAUUCCCGUGGCUAACAGCUUUCACUUCUCGCCAGUUCCGCCCAGGGAUCACCACCACGACAAUUUCUUUGGCUUUGCUCCCGGAUCGAGGCCUUCGUCUUCCUCUCCUGCGUCAAUCUUCCAAGGAUACCAUCGUCUCGGCCUCCAGUUUGGUUUCGAGCGGCCGGAUUUGUUUCCAGGAGUCGGCAUCUACGCCGGCACCGACCACGUAGGCUACGGCAUCGGUGGCUCUCCUUCCCCGUUUGGCCUUCAGGCCGAGCUGUCGAAGCUGACGGCGCAGGAGAUCAUGGACGCUAAGGCGCUUGCCGCGUCCAAGAACCACAGCGAGGCAGAACGCAGGAGGCGAGGGCGCAUCAAUGGGCACCUUGACAAGCUACGUACUCUCCUCCCCAAUGCAACAAAAACGGACAAGGCGUCGCUGCUGGCGGAGGUGAUACAGCACGUGAAGGAGUUGAAGCGGCAGAUGUUGGAGAUCGCGGAGGUGAGCCCGGUGCCCACCGAGACGGACGAGCUGACGGUCGAUCCCGACGAAUCCCCCGGCGACGGCAAGCUUCUCAUAAAGGCAUCCAUCUGCUGCGAGGACCGAUCGGACCUCCUGUCCGACCUCAUCAAGGCGCUCAAGUCCCUCCGCCUGCGCACCCUCAAGGCAGAGAUCACCACGCUGGGCGGCCGCGUCAGGAACGUGCUUGUGGUCACCGGCGAGGACGCCGACCCCCACGACGGCGAUCCCUCGUCGUCGUCUCUAGGCGUCCCUUCCAUUGGGUGCAUCCAGGAGGCGCUCAGGGCAGUCAUGGAACGUCACGUCACUGAUGACUCCACCACUUCCAGCCUCAAACGGCAGCGGACCAACCUCGCAGUGCUGGAUCAUAGGUCCAUCUAAUUCACCGGCAAAAACAAUAUACGAAGAAAUAGUAUAGACAAAAAAAAAACAAAAAACAGCAAAGAAGAAACGUCUCUUACAGGUUUGCACGUGAUUCUUGGUCUCUUUUUUUUUUCUUCUUUUCUUUUUUUUUGGUGUGAUUUCACGGCGUCAAAACGUCCAAAAUAGUGAUAGUCGUCGCUUCUUGCGCUUUGGUUGUGGCCGGUUUGCUAUUUUAUGGGUUGUGAUUCGUAUGGGAGUGGAGUACUUUGUAGAUCUGGUCCCUAUAUAUGCGGGACCAGAAAACUCUUUCCAUGAUUGAAAUGAUAUAGUAUAUACAUGUGUUGUAUUC